AUGGGAAAUUACGUCUCAUGCACCUUAGCACCACAGUUGAUGAGGAACGCGAAAGCAACUAGGGUGAUUCUUCCAACGGGUGAAGUGAAACAAUUCAGAGAAAUAAUGAAAGCUGCGGAGCUUAUGUUAGAGAAUCCAAACUAUUUCGUAGUCAAUUCUCGUUCUCUUCGUAUUUCUACAAGAUUCUCUCCUCUUGCUGCAGAUGAAGAAUUGGAAUUCGGAAAUGUUUACAUAUUUUUUCCUAUGAGAAGACUCAACUCUGUCGUUACGGGGGCUGACAUGGCGGUGCUAUUUUUGGCGGCGAAUUCUGCGGCCAAACGGUUACGUGCCGGAAAAACACGUGUCCAACCGGAUGAGAGUACGGGUGGUGGUGUUGAGAAUGAUGAAAAGGAGUGUGUUCCGAGGUUGAGUUUAGAAGGAGUGGAUUCAGGAUUUAGUUAUAGAUUAAGUUAUUGUAGAUCAAAGAAACCUCUUUUGGAGACUAUAAAUGAAGAACCAAUUAGAUCAAGAUGA